UGAGAAGCCCCCUAUGGUCUCGGGAACUUUCUACCAGGAGGAGGGAGAAGGAAGUCCCAGCCCAUGUUUGGAAAUGUUCCCCCCAUGGGGCGCCGCUUCAGUCCGAGGAGAGAGGCACUUUACCGGACGCGCGGUGUGUUUUCUAGUCUCGGACGGACUGGCGUAAUAAUAAUAAGAAGAAUAUAAAAAAACAAAGCCAUCAUCAUCUUCAUCAGCAUGGCUCAGGCGAAAAUCCAGGCGAAGAUGAACGAAGCCGCCUGCAGCAAGUUCAGCAGGACGCUGUCCAUGGCAGACCGCUCCGGGCAGCUCCUGGAAAGUCUGGAUCAGCUGGAAAUAAGAGUGGAAACUUUACGCGAAGCCGCGAGCGCCAUGGAACAGGAAAGGGAGUCCAUCCUGGAAAUGAUUCAGUCCYUUCAGAACAGCCAAGACAUGAGGAACAUCUGUGCCGGUGAAAGGGAAGAGCUGACUUUGACUGCGGACCGCCUGAUGGGCCGAACGCUGUCCGUGGAGAUCUCCGUCGGCACCAUCCGGAACCCCCAGCAGGAGGAGGCGCUGCUCAAGGCCACGUCCAUCAUCGACGAGAUCGUGAAAAGGCUCCUGAGCGACAUGGAAGGGGGUCGGCAGCAGCUGCUGGCCCUGCACGCGGCCUGCGUGUCGGAAGCGCCGCCCGUCCCCGUCGACCAGAAGUUCCAGGCUGUGGUGAUCAGCUGCGCCCUGGAGGACCAGAAGAAGAUCAAGCGGAGGCUGGAGAGUCUGCUGAGGAACGUCAGGAACGCCGAAAAGAACAUCAAGAUCAUGGAUCACCAAAAACUUGAGGACACAAAAGCCAAUGGAGGUCACUGAAACCUUAAAGUGUCUUAAAUUCCACAAACCUUAUAGAAAAGUGUUGUGAUGCUUUACACUAUUAGGAUUUUACCUGUAGCAGAAAGCCUUUAAAUUACAUUUUUACUGUUAAUUGGAUAAUGUGUUGACACAGUGCACUUUGCAUGUUCACUGAUGCAUUUAAGACAGAAAAAGAUACACUACAUUUUUUGCCAAAUAAGUGUUAAAAGCAGUAAAAAUACAUUUUUAUUCUGAUUGUUGUAUUCAAAUACACAAACGAUUCUGAUUUAUUGCACACACUGGACAAUUUAACUGAACAACAUACCCAGUGGUGUCUUUAAUUUUGUCUUUUUAUAUGUCUCACAUUUGAAGGACUGAAGUUUGUACACUACCUCUUUGUGUGAAUGCAACACAUUUUGCAUAAAGCUGUGCAUUUUUAUGUUCAAGGCAGUUUUUAUGUAACAAACAUGUAAUAAAAUACUGUAUAAAACARCUCAAA